GUUUCAUGAAGCUUGAAUCCUUCUUUUCCUGCAGCUCCCGUGAGGCAGAAGUUUAAUUCAUCCAUAUGUCAACUCUUCUUGCCCUUUUCGAAACUCUAGCAUACAACUCUCCCGCCACCCUCGGCGGGUCCCCAAGGCCGGAAUGGCAUCGACUACAUCCCCAAGCGACACCACCUCCCCGGCAACAACCUCGACCCAAAACCCUGACUACGAGAACCUCGAACGCAAACGUGCCCGCGACCGAAAGUCGCAGCGCGCCAUGCGCGAACGUACAAAAUGGAACAUCCAAUGCCUCUCAGAGCAAGUCAACCACCUCACGCGCGCCCUCGAAAUCGAAACCCGCGAAAAGUCGGACCUCUACAACCGUUUCCUGGCCGUUUCGGAAGAAAACGACCAUCUCCGGGUCCAAAAAGCCGCACUGCAGCUCCGGCUGCUUGGUAACGGACAGGAACAAGACGGGUCGAGCCCGAUGGCCUUGCUCGGGGCAAUGCUCCCCUACGAAGCAAUUCCUCUCAACACAACGCCGACGUGCAUGAGCGACCAGAUAUUGCAGACAUUCGUGGAGAGUCGGUGGGAGGCAUAUGCAUUCCAGACGAGUGGGCGAAUCGAGAGUUAUCCUGAUAAACCAGAUCUGAGUGCCUUAUUUGACGGCAGGCCGAAUCGGAGGGUGGAUGAGACGAGCGCGGUAGUGGGCGACAUUGUGAGGAGUUACACUGAGAUUGAUACGCUGCCAAAACAGGUUGCUGUGCAUUAUGUUAUGAGUACCUUGAUGAAGGUAUGGAUGCCUUUGGAUCUGGACGUGUGAUGCUGACCAGGUGCACAGUGGCAGGUGCUAAGGACCAAGCAGAGCUUUGAGCAGAUGCCGGAGUGGCUGAGGCCGGAGCCUGCGCAGCUUGAGAGGCCGCACCCUAGUUGGAUUGAUCGAAUCCCUUGGCAGGUGACUUUUCGAACGUACCUCAUCGACCAUCCUGAAGUCAAAUUCGAUGACUUUGCGUCCGCAUACUCGACCUCCUUCCUCAUUCGCUGGGAGUACGACCCAAACCACGUCAUAAUCACCACAUCGAACAACGAAAGAGGAGGUAUUUUAAUAAAUCCGAUAUAUGAAGAGCAUAUUCGGCAGCUGAGAAACUGGACUGUGGAGGGAGUCUUUAGGAGGAAGUUCCUGGAGAUGUCGGAACUCGUAGAC